UCUCAUUCUUCAUAUUCCUCUUUCUCUUCUUUUAUAAACCCAAUCUGUUUCUUCUUCUCCUUAUCCUUAUUUCUUGCUUUCUUUUUGGGUUUCUUGAAAUUUUUUACAGAUGGGUUCGUCAAGUUCUUGACUUUGGAGUGCAAUGCUUGGUAGAAAGAUGAUAUCUUUACCAUCAAUUCAAGCUCUUUUGCUUGGAUUAGGACUCUUAUUCGCAGAUUGCUUCGCAGUUCCCAUAUAUGAGGUUGAAGCUCUAACUGCUUUCAAGAGAGCUAUUUUUGAAGACCCUUUGCUGGUGUUGUUAAAUUGGAGUCCUCUGGUUUUAGACCCUUGUAAUUGGGACGGCGUAUAUUGCUCGAUAGCAGGAGACCAUGUUGUAAAGAUUAAUAUAUCUGAGGCAUCUGUGAAAGGGUUUUUGGCACCAGAGUUUUACAAGCUCUCUGCCCUGCAAGAGUUAAUUUUGCAUGGGAAUUUGUUGAUUGGUAUAAUACCUCAGGAGAUUGGCUUGUUGACGAACCUCAAGGUAUUGGAUUUGGGGUCAAACCAGCUGACAGGUUCAAUUCCACACGAGAUUGGAAACUUAACCAGCAUCCAAAAAAUAAACCUUCAGUCCAAUGUGUUGACUGGAAAAUUGCCGUAUGAACUUGGUAUGCUGAGGUACCUUGAGGAACUUCGGCUUGAUAGAAACAAGUUUAUAGGAACUAUCCCUGCUGCAAAUAGCUCUCAGUUUUCGGCCAUCAAGCAUGGAAUGUAUGCUUCGAAUGCCAGCAAACUGGGGUUCUGCGGAGCCUCCCAAUUGAAAGUGAUCGACUUAGCACACAACUUUUUGGUUGGAAAUGUACCCAAUUGCUUGGACUACCUACCUAGAUCAAGUUUUCUGGGAAAUUGCCUUCAAGAUAAAGAUACUAAACAGCGCCCUGCUACACAAUGUGGUGCACAUGCUGCUUCACCAAAUAAAACCCACGCAGGAAUGAACACGAAGUACAAUGCUACUGAAGUUAGGUCGUCAAGACAUCAAUCGAAAAACUCAAAACCAGUGUGGAUCUUGGUUCUUGAAAUAAUGACAGGGCUCUUGAUUGGUUUGCUCUUUGUUGUUGCUAUUUUUACUGUUGUGCAAAUGUGGAAGAGAAGAAGACCUUCAAUCAUCAUUCCGUGGAAGAAGUCUUCAACAAAAGAUUGCAUGACCAUGUAUACAGAUUCUGAAGCAGCAAGGGAGGUUGUGAGAUAUAGCCGAGAAGAACUUGAGUUAGCCUGUGAGGAUUUCAGCAACAUCAUCGGUUCGUCUCCAGAUAGUGUGGUAUACAAAGGAACUAUGAAAGGUGGCCUUGAGAUUGCAGUAAUAUCUUUCUGUAUAAAAGAAGAUCAAUGGACAGGCUAUCUGGAGCUUUAUUUUCAAAAUGAGGUGGCUGAUUUAGCAAGAUUAAAUCAUCAAAACACUGGAAAACUGCUUGGCUAUUGCAGAGUAAGCAGCCCAUUUACGAGGAUGCUGGUAUUCGAGUAUGCCUCUAACGGGACACUUCACGAACACCUUUACUAUGGAGAAGGAAGCCAGUUUUCUUGGACAAGGCGAAUGAAAAUUAUCAUUGGCAUUGCUCAGGGGCUGAAAUAUCUCCACACGCAGCUUGAUCCUCCGUUUACUAUCUUGGAGUUGAAUUCCAGUUCUGUCUAUCUGACUGAUGACUUCACCCCUAAGCUCGUUGAUUUUGAAUGCUGGAAAACAAUUAUCUCCAGGUCAGAGAAGAGCUCAGGCACGAUAAGCAAUGAAGGUGCGGUUGGCAUCCACCCGAGCUCUUUAGAGGGUCGUCAUGUAGAUGUACAGGGCAACAUCUACGCAUUUGGGGUUCUCUUACUCGAAAUCGUGAGUGGAAGGCCUCCAUAUUGCAACGAGAAAGGCUGCUUAUUCGAUUGGGCGAUAGAGUUUUUGGAAUUCCCGGAUAUGAUGGCAUACGUAGUUGAUCGCGAGCUGAAGCAUUUCCGAUAUGAGGACCUCAAAGUGAUAUACGAGGCGGUGAGCCUGUGCAUUCAUCCUAAAUCGAACCGGAGGAAGACUGUGAGCGAGUUGUGCUUGAUGUUGGAGAACGGGAUCGACACAUCCAUAUCAGCGGAAAUAAAGUCAUCCGUAGCUUGGGCCGAGCUCACGCUUGCCUCGUGAUAGGCUCCUCCGGCCUCAUACUGUACAUGUCAAAAGAUACAGUACCCUGAUACUUGAAUGUUUAACCUUUGCUGAUUGAUACCAUUACGUGACACUGGUCGGUGUCCUGUGUGUGAUAUGCAGUAGUAGGUCCCACUUGUCGCAGGAUCAUGCACGGGUGGUGUAACCGUAGGUUACGGCGACAUCAUGGUGGUUAGAAGCUCUCAUUCGUUGUAUUGUUGAGGCCAUUGUAAGACAGGAGAUUUAGUUUUGAUACUUUGGUUAUAGUCUAACAUGUUAAGACAAACAAUGAUUGUCUGUUUUUCAAUUUCAUCCGAUCUUGUCAAAUUGUAAUUCUUCUUUAAGAUUGUCCGUUACCUUAUUUGAAGAGAUAAUCGAUAAGCA